AUGAUGGAAAGAUUAACCGCCGUAAUAUUUUUCCUUCUGGUUUCAUGUAUCUGCAGGAUAUCAGGACAGACGUGUGAAGGAAGUUGUGGAUCAAAUUUUGACUCAUGUUCAUGCCACUCGACAUGCACAUCUCUGAAGAACUGCUGUACGGACUAUAAAGAGUACUGUGUGGAAGUCUUUCCAUAUUCAGGGUCCAUUUUGGGUGGGACGGAUUUUAUUGUCCUUAACGCGAGUUUUAACAAGAGUUCAAAGAUUAUAUGCAGGUUCAACGACAAUAUCAACACUUUGGGGUACGUGGAUGAAAACAGUAGAGGCCAUUGUAUCUCCCCUCUAUUAUACGAAACAGGAUGGGUUCCCUUGCACAUCUCCUCUGAUAAUGGCACUACAUUCAGCAGAGUUGGAGCUUGGUUCUCAGUACAUACAGGCAAGUUAGGUGCUCAGUUUAAGGCGACUCUGGUCAACUCAACAAAAUGGCAGUACUAUGGCACACCUGGUGUCGGAGGCUCUCUGGAGAUGACAUGGAAUACGUCUUUGGUCAGAGCGGGGAGGGUCAAUAUAGAGCUCUGGGGAUACAGGGAGACGGGAAAACCUUACACAAACAACUGGCAGGGGGAGUGGCGCUAUCUGUACUCGCUUUCAAAGGAUCAGGCCAACAGCGGAUCUUUUAGCUUUUUGCCCAAACCAGCAGAGAACGCCUUUUCAAGUUGGGAGCUUGGCUCUCUACGUAUCAGCCCCAGCACCAACCCUGAUGGCAUGUGGAAUGUACAAGCAGCAUGGACGGAGGAUCACGCUCUGGCCUGGCAGCUGGAGGAGAAGUUCAGGAAGAACUCAACAGCUUGGGCCCUGGAGAAAUGUUUAGCGUGGGACCUGCUGGAAAUUCAGCUGCCCAACUUCCUCAGCGAGGUCAUAGACUGUCCCUGCACUCUGGCUCAAGCAAGAGCAGACACUGGGAGGUUUCAUACCGACUAUGGCUGUGACAUAGAGAAGGGGAGCGUGUGCACCUACCACCCUGGGAGUGUUCACUGUGUGAGGGCUAUACAAGCCAGUCCUAAAUAUGCAGCGGGACAGCAGUGUUGCUAUGACAGCACUGGGGCUCAGGUGCUGACAGCAGACUCGAUUGGGGGAAGCACCCCAGACCGAGCACACGACUGGGGCUCACCCCCAUUUCUGAAACCCCCUCGGGUCCCUGGACAGUCCCACUGGGUCUACGACGUCCUCAGCUUCUACUACUGCUGCCUGUGGUCCGACAACUGCCACUUCUACUUCAAACACCGGCCCUCCAGCGACUGCAGGCGUUACCAGACACCCAGCUCAGCUGUGGUGUUUGGAGAUCCCCACUUCAUAACUUUCGAUGGUGUCAGCUACUCCUUCAAUGGCAAAGGGGAAUACACUUUGAUGACUUCGGCAAAGAAACAGCUGACAAUCCAAGGCAGGACGGAGCCUGUGAAUGCCACGAUCAAAGCUACAAAGUUGACGGCUGUAGCCAUGCAAGAAAAGGCCUCCGAUGUUAUCGAGGUGCGGCUGGCCAGCGGUUACAAUGGCCUUGAAGUUCUGCAGAAUCAAAAAACCCUCUCCUUUUCUGAGCAAAGCUGGAUGGACCUGCACGGUGUGUUUGUGUUUUCUCCUACCACCACUAAUGUCACCGUGAUGUUCCCAAGUGGAGCCGGGGUGGAAGUGCGACUGAGAGAGGGAACCAUGACAACCACAGUGCUUCUGCCAGAGGAAUUCAAAGACUCCACCCUCGGACUGCUGGGAAAGAUGAACGGUGAUGCUCGAGAUGACCUUGCUCUCAGCAAUGGUGAACUUGUGAGGAACCUCACCAACCCAGAGGAGGUGUUCAACUUCGGGGCUAGCUGGGCCAUCUCCAACCAGUCUGCCUUGUUCACAUAUGAUUCAGAAUAUCUUUUGAACACAUAUUAUCAUGCUCCCAGGCAUGACCACCUUUUUGUUCCAGUGUUUUCUGUCCCUGACAGUCCAGAUGAUCCGUUAGCCAAUCAGGCAUCUCAGAUAUGCACCGGAGAGGGCGCUCAGUACUGUAGGUAUGAUAUCCUGGUAGGUCGUAGUCCAACAAUGGGAAAUGCAACCAAAGUGUCUUUCCAGAGUCACAUUUCUCUUGUGGAGGAUCUAAAGCGAGUGAUAUCCUGUGGAUGGCUUUCACCACCAAAUAAUGGGAAGAAGGAGGGGACCACAUAUUUACAAGGAGCUAAGGUGAAGCUUUCCUGCGAUGACGGCUUCACCCUCAAAGGAUCUGCAGAGCGAGUAUGCCAGGGGAACGGCCAGUGGUCUGGAGAAAACACAAACUGCGUGGUUCCCAGUAAUAUCGCAGGAAUUGUGGCCGGUUCAGUCGUUGGAGCGCUAGCACUGAUUACAAUUAUAACAGCAAUUGUACUCCACUCCAGGAAACAGAAAAGAAAAGCUGCAAGGUCAGGAGAAGUGACAAGUGAGAUGUUCUAACCAAAACUGUUAAUCUACUGAAACAUUUUAAACUUGGAAAUAAAUCUAUGCUUGCACUGGAUGAAGAAACACAUAACACAAGAGAGAUAGCAUAUCCUUGUAAACCACAGCCACGUUACAGAUUAA